CUACUUUUCAAAAAGGGAAACUGGACUUGGAGAGGACUCAUCUCUCCAUAUUUCUUCUUUCAGCCUCAUCAAGGAUCAUGGUGGGAACAUCCCAUCAGUUCUUUCCUUAUUCUUCUCUCUGUAGCCUUUGCCCAGUGCUCUGCCUGUCACAGUGAAGUCAGCUGCAGGCCUCCGGAGUGUGGCUGUUCAGCUGCGAAAUUUGUCAGAAGGGUGUCAGGUAUUUCUUACUGGCUCCCCAAAGACUUAGAUAAAGAAAGCUUUCAGAGUCGUUUCCAGGCUGCAGGGCCACUGUCUUGAGUUGAAGGAGAAGGAGCUGGAAGGCAAUAGACAAACAACAGAGUUAAAGAUGCCUCAGGGCUGCCUGCCAACCUGGGUGGACACGCUUGGGGUCAGACAUACUCACCUUGCCCAGGCUAUGCACCAGCGAAGUCAAGUGAUUUUCUAUUGAAAGUUCAAGCCCAACAAGACUAUGCUGCUCUUCUUUAUCAUUCUGUUGCCUGUAGUUUUUAAGUUUACUUCCGUCAGUCCCUCAGCACUGGAGCUCUGGAACUGUCCUGAUGGCUCUCCCUCGGGGAAUGGGAAUUCUGUUUGUGUGGGUCCUGCACCCUUCUUAAUUUUCUCCCAUGGAAACAGUAUCUUCAGAAUUGACCUGGAAGGAACUAAUCAUGAGCAAUUAGUGGCAAAUGCUGGCAUAUCGGUGAUCAUGGAUUUUCAUUACAAUAAGGAAAGACUCUAUUGGGUAGAUACAGAAAGACAGCUUCUGCAGAGAGUUUUUAUGAAUGGGACAAGGCAAGAGAGAGUAUGCACUAUAGAGAAAAAUGUUUCAGGAAUGGCAGUAAAUUGGAUAAAUGAGGAACUUAUUUGGUCAAAUCAACAAGAAGGAAUCAUUACCGUAACAGAUAUGAAAGGAAACAAUUCCCGUGUUCUCUUAAGUACUUUGAAAUAUCCUGCAAAUGUAGCAGUUGAUCCAGUAGAAAGGUUUAUAUUUUGGUGUUCGGAGGAGGCCGGCAGCCUUCACAGAGCAGAUCUCAGUGGUGUGGCCGCGAAGGUUCUGUUGGAGACGUCACAGAAAGUAACUGCCGUGUCAUUGGAUGUGUCCGAGAAACGGCUCUUUUGGAUUCAGUAUAACAGAGAGGGAAGCAAAUCUCGUCUGUAUUCCUGUGAUUAUGAUGGCGAUUCUGUCCAUUUCAGCCAACAUCUUACACAGCACAAUUUGUUUGCGAUGUCCCUUUUUGGUGACCGUAUAAUCUAUUCAGCAUGGAAAAAGAAGACGAUUUGGAUAGCUAACAAGCACACUGGGAUGGAUAUGGUUAGAAUGAACCUCAAUGCAUCAUCUUUACCCCCUGGUGGAGUUAAAGUAGUGCAUCCCCUCGUACAGCCCAAGGCAGAGGGCAGUGCUACAGUGUCUGAUCAGAAACAGUGCACACUGAGGAAAGGUAACUGCAGAGGCAGCAUAUGUGGGCGAGACCCCAAGUCCCACUCGUGCAUGUGUGCAGAGGGAUAUACUUUAAGCCAAGAUGGAAAGUACUGUGAAGAUGUCAAUGAAUGUGCCUUUUGGAAUCAUGGCUGUACUCUUGGGUGUGAAAACAUCCCUGGAUCCUAUUAUUGCACAUGUCCUGUGGGAUUUGUUCUGCUUCCUGAUGGGAAACGGUGUCACCAAUUAAUUUCCUGUCCAAGCAAUGUGUCUGAAUGCAGCCAUGACUGUGUGCUGACCUCAGACGGUCCUGUAUGCUUCUGUCCUGAAGGCUCAGUGCUUGAGACAGAUGGAAAGAUGUGUAGUGGCUGUUCCUCUCCUGACAACGGUGGCUGCAGCCAGCUCUGCCUCGCUCUCAGCCCAGCGUCCUGGGAAUGUGGCUGCUUUCCUGGGUAUGACCUGCAGGCGGACCGGAAAAGCUGUACAGCCUCAGGACCACAGCCGUUUUUGCUGUUUGCCAAUUCUCAAGAUAUUCGACACAUGAACUUUGAUGGAACAGAUUAUGGAACUGUGCUGAGCCAGCAAAUGGGAAAGGUUUUUGCCCUAGAUCAUGACCCUGUGGAAAACAAGAUAUACUUUGCCCACACAGCCCUGAAGUGGAUAGAGAGAGCUAAUAUGGAUGGUUCCCAGCGAGAAAGGCUUAUUGAAGCCGUAGAUGUGCCAGAAGGUCUUGCUGUAGACUGGAGUGGCCGCAGAUUGUACUGGACAGACAAAGGGAAGUCUCUCAUUGAAGGGAGUGAUUUAACUGGAAAACAUCGUGAAAUAAUCAUUAAGGAAGGCAUCUCUCAGCCACGAGGAAUUGCUGUUCAUCCAGUGGCCAAGAGAUUAUUCUGGACUGAUAUGGGGAUUAAUCCACGAAUUGAAAGUGCUUCCCUUCAAGGCAUUGGCCGGCUGGUUAUAGCUAGCUCUGAUCUGGUGUGGCCCAGUGGAAUAACGAUUGAUUACUUAACUGACAAGUUGUAUUGGUGUGAUGCCAAACGGUCUGUGAUAGAAAUGGCCAAUCUGGAUGGUUCCAAACGCCAAAGACUUGCUCAAAACGAUGUAGGUCACCCAUUCGCUGUAGCUGUGUUUGAGGAUCACGUGUGGUUCUCUGAUUGGACUAUGCCAUCGGUAAUAAGGGUGAACAAGAGGACAGGCAAAAACAGGGUACGUCUCCGAGGCAGCAUGCUGAAGCCCUCAUCACUGGUUGUAGUUCAUCCUUUGGCAAAACCAGGAGCAGAGCCGUGCUUCCAUCGGAAUGGAGGCUGUGAACAUAUUUGUGAAGAGAGGUUUGGAACUGCUCGGUGUUCAUGUCGUGAAGGUUUUGUAAAAGCCCCAGAUGGGAAAAUGUGCCUGGCUGUGAAUGGCCAUCAGAUAUCAGCAGGUAAUGAAGCAGGUCUAAAUAAUCAAGUAACACCAUUGGACAUCUUAUCCAGGACAGGAGACUUUGGUGAUAACAUCACAGAGUCUCCACCUAUGCUGGUGGCUGAAAUCAUGGUGUCAGAUGAUGACGAUUGUGGUCCUGUGGGAUGCAGCAGGCAGGCGCAGUGUGUUUCAGAGGGUGCAGAUGAUGCCACGUGUCAGUGUCUGAAAGGAUUUGCUGGGGAUGGAAAACUAUGUUCUGAUAUAGAUGAGUGUGAGGUGAGUGUCACAGUUUGCCCUCCCACCUCCAAGUGCAUCAAUACUGAAGGUGGCUACGUUUGCCGGUGCUCAGAAGGCUACCGAGGAGAUGGGAUUCACUGUCUGGAUAUUGAUGAAUGCCAACUGGGCAUGCACACCUGUGGGAAAAAUUCCACCUGUACAAAUACAGUGGGAAACUACACCUGCGUGUACUCUAGCAGCCUGUCUGAACUGGGACGGAUUUGCCCGGACUCUACUCCACCCUCUCUUUUAGGGGCGGAUGGCCACUAUUCUGUGAGAAAUAGUUACAAGGAAUGUCCCCCAUCUCAUGACGGGUACUGCCUCAAUGAUGGUGUGUGCAUAUACAUUGAGGAAGUUGACAGCUAUGCAUGCAGGUGCGCCGUAGGCUUCGUCGGGGACCGCUGCCAGUACCGAGACCUGAGGUGGGAGCUGCGCCACGCCGGCCACGGGCGGCAGAGGAACGUCACGGUGGCGGCCGCCUGCGUGGUGGCACUGGUCCUGAUGCUGGUCCUGGGGCUGUGUGGGGCCCAUUACUACAGGACUCAGAAGAUGCUAUCAGAAAAUCUGAAGAAUCCUUAUGAAGAGUCAAGCAGAGAAGAGAGCGGUAGCAGGCCUGCAGACAGUGAGGCUGGGAUGUCCUCUUGCCCCCAACCUUGGUUUGUGGUUUUAAAGGAACACGAGAACCUCAGGAAUGGGAGUCAACCUGUGGCCCUCAAAGAUGGUCAGGUGGCAGAUGUUGGCCAGCUUUCCUCCCUGGAGCCUGGGUUAGUGCAAGCGGUGUCCUGGGUGAAGAAGCCCCAGAUGUGCAUGGGCACAGAGCACAGACACUGCCUUCCGCUGCCCAGUGAUACAGGCUCCUAUCCACAAGCAGUGGGGUGUAGCUGCCGUCUUCCCUCCUGUGGGGCACAGCCCACUGCUGUGGAAGUUGGGAAGCCACAUUUUCUUCUGUCAGCUAACCCAUCAUGGCAACAAAGGCCCCUGGAUCCACCACACCAAAUGGAGCCGACUCAAUGAAAACUGGAGUUCAGGGGAGGGUCCAGAAGCACACACUCUAUCGAUGGACAGUAGUGCUUCAUUUCAAAAAGUAGAGGAAAAAUACAGAUUUUGGUUCCAUAAUCUCUACGACUAAUCACCUAAUCAGUGUCCUGAAGACAAAUAUGUACUUCUGCUUUUGUUCUUCCUUCAGAGUCUCACUGCAGAUUUCCAAGGAAGAGUAAUGGGAGAAUCACUGGGUGACUCAUUAGAAGCUGAAGCACCGUCAACACAGAAACCGUGUGGACUGCAGCCCAGGGACAUCUGGGGUCAAAGCUGGGAGUCACACUGACCAGUCAGCCACAAAGGAACUUGUUUUAUCUGGACAGAAUAUUUAUCUCAAUCUCAUGAGGUGGUUAGAGUAUUAAAAUUACUGUUACAAUACAUUGCAAGCAUUUAACAUCAUUUGUGAGGUCCAUGUUUUGCAGCAUGAAUUAUGAUAAAUUAAUGAAAAAUGUACUAACUUUGAAACUGAUUUCUUCAGAAUUAGAUGGCUUAUUUUUCUAUUUUAAAAUUAUUGAAUGAAAACAUUUAAUUUUUAAAACAUUACCCAAGAGACUUUGUUUCUCAGUCAUACUCUCCCUUGCCCCACAGAAAAUUGUUUGCAAAGAAUUUUUACUUAUUUUCAAAUAUGAGAUUGUAAGCAAAUUGCCAGCUCUAUUUUCAUUAUGAACAAUCAAUAUAUUUUAACUAUUUAAAUAAAAUCACUAUAAAAACAAAAAUAUAUUGUACACAUGGCUAAAUUACACAUUAUAGUCUAAGGGGUUGAUGCUAGAGUUGAACCAAAGUGAUUUGUCAAGCUUGCUAUUGUUACUCUUUUAAAAAGGACUUGAGAACUAAUUAUAUAAAGUAAAAUUUCACAUGUUCAUUCCAAGACAUUGUUACUACAAAUUACACAAUCUAAUACCAUCAUUGUGGAUUGUGUGGGGCUCUGAGUUAUUCAGUUUAUGAAUUAAGUAGUCCCUUUGCUUUAGUCUAGUGCCUUUUAUGCAUUCAGCUUAUGCAUUAACUAGUCCCUUCUAUGUUUUCUUGUAUUUCUCUUCAACUUCUUGGGCUUUGGUUAUGCCAGAAGUCAGCAUAAAAAGGAGUUUGAAGCACAUCUCUUCAAGUGGAUACUUCUUAGAAAUUUUAAUAAUGAUUUGGUGGUGGGGAGGAUAAUUUACGUUAAUUCAUUAUUUCGUAUGACCUCUUUCCCCAGUUAAUUUAAGUUUUUCUGUAUUCAUUUUGCUCUUAUUGACACUUGGGACCUGGAGGAUCAGAAGACUGCCUUUGAUUCCUAAUGAGUGAACUACCUCAGAAAAACAAUGCUUAUAAUUUUCCCAAUAAUGAUGGAAAGUAUUCAUUGUCACAAAAUGAGCAUUUUUGAAGCUUUAAGGGUUUACAUUCUAUUUUGUACUUUAGGCCCUCUUUCUUUUAGAAUUUCAACCAUAACCAAAGAGAUGACAUGGACCCCAUAGACCAUCUGUGGUCAAAGAGCAUUAUCUUUGAACAAGAAAAUCCCUGUUUCCUUCAAGCUCUUUAAUGGAUUUGAUACCUUAUAAAGUGGGACUAUGUUAAGUCUGUGACCAGCCUCUGACAUUCUCUCUCUGGUCAGAUUAAAGAAAAACAUUCUUUGUGUUCUUUAGUUCAACAAGUCACCCUCAAGCGAUAGUUUUCAUUUUUGUAGCCCCAUGUUUCUGGCAGAAAUAAGCUCUUUUAAAAAUUUGUAUUUUUAAAAAAAAGCACUUUCAUCUAUGACAUUUGAUUUACAUUUUUUCCAGACUGAAUAUUUUUAUUCCCUAACUCGCACGGUCUCAUUGUGCAUAAUGUCUGUGAUUUUGUUUGACUAAAUGUCACCUACUACAUCUAAAAUGAGCAUUUUGCCCUCUUUUCUAGCACCUAAUGAAGGCAUGAUACACUAUAUUCUUUUGAAACCUUAUGGUUCCAGUUCCACCUAUUAGUCUUCAUGUUCAAUUCAUAUCCUUUUCAUGGGAAUAAAUGAUUAUUGUAUGAAAAUGGAAAAUGUGUUAAAAGCACUAAAUAAUAAAUCCUUUAAAAAGGAAGCCAAGCAAAAAUUUUGAAAGAAUGGGAAAAAUUUAGUCCUUUCAAGGUAAGCUGAGACAGACAAGAUUUUGUUUUGGUUUGUUCUUUCCCCCCCUUUUUUUUAAAGUCAUUGAAUGAGAACUCCUCUGCAUAAUUUCAUCCUGAGCUCUUCAGCUCCAGACAUGCUUGAAGCAGCAUACUUUCCUGUUUGGAACUUGACGGGGCUCCUGUCACUAGUAGACAUAUGCUAGCAACAGAGUAGUUCAAUAGGAAAAUAUGUGAUGGACAUUUAAUCUUACAUUAAUCACUCACAUAUCUGAAACAGAGACUUUAGGAAGCAAAUGAAUUACUAAAUAAGAAAAUGUCCUAUAGCUGGUGGUCAUUAGGCCCCACUUGACAAUGAAGCCUUCGGGUACAUUCUAAACUAAGAGUUGUAAAUCCCAGAUUAAUGUCUGAAUUAUCUGGGCUCUUUAAUUUUCAUUUAUACCAUUCAUCUACCAAAAUAAUGAAAGCAUAGUGAAACCGUUACCAUUCAGAGUUUUCAGUGAGUCAAGUACUUGCACCUUGGUUUUCUGAGCUCUGAAAUGAGGCCUCCUUUGUGUGAAACAGCGUUAAGUCGCAGAGAGCUCCCAUACAAACUAAGGUGUUAUUUUUACCACUAAGAUAUUAAGAUAGGCUUUAGUGCUUUAAACACCAAAUAAAAAUUUUUUUUAUCAAUUUAGGAUAGCACUCUUUAUCGUAUAAAACAUGUUGUGUAUCAUUAGGUAUUCAUCUUCUUGAUCACAGAAGAGCUUCAUUACCUAUCAACUGCAACAGCGUGCUCCGACUAUUAGGGGUCCCUAGGGCUUGAGUUUAAAUAUUUUAACUAUCAUUUAUAUUACUUUUCUUGUGGACGUUCAAGCUGUCAGCUCUCAUGCCUCUGUCAGUUACCUUGAUAGUAAAUGUAUAUUGAAAAGAGUUUAAUAACAUUUACAGAGUAAAUACCACCUAAAGAACUGGGCAGAGAUAGAGCUUUUAAAUCAUUUAUAUCCAAAUAUCAUUUCUUCCUAGGCCCUUUCAAUGGGGUUUGACACAUGACGGUUUGCACUGGAGUCAGAAAGUCUUUGCAUCUGUAGAAUUAGCAUAUUUUUCUCAGAGUUCUAUCUUAUAUUUGCAUUGUGCUUUUUGUUUACAAAGGAUUUUUGUAUUCACUACCUUAUUUAGCCUCAUUAAAUUUCACACCCAAACUAUGAAUUUUCUUCCAUGGACAGUAUUCUUUCCAUUUUACUUACUCUUAAAGACAAAUAGUAUCCAAAGCUGAAGUUAAGUGAAGAUGAAUAAUAAAAUACAUUACUAGAGACAAAAAAUACUUCACAAUGAUAAAAUGUUCGAUUUGCCAGAAACAUAGUAUAAUCCUAAAAUCCUAUAUGCUUAAUAACCAGCUUCAUAUGUAAUGCAAAAAAACUGACAAACUCACUGGAAUUAUUGAAGAAAACAUCACAGCAGGAUAUUUUACCAUACCACUCUUCAUACUUACCAGACGAAGGAGACAAAAAAAUUAGUGAGGAUAUAUAACACUUUUAAGUAUGAUUAUUAGAACUGGAAAUAUAUAGUACACAGAGAACUUCAUGAAAAUUAAUAUGUGCUGUCCAUGAUGUAGCUUCAAUAAGUUUCACAAGACCAAAUGAAUGUAGUGAUACAGACCAUAUUGCCUGACCAUAAUGAAAUUCAGUUAGAUUUAAAUAAUAAAGCAAUAAUUAAUGCUUAGAAGUUAUGAAAACACUUCUAAUAACUUAUAGAUCAAAGAAGAAAUCAUAAUAGAAAUUAGAAAACCCCUGGAACUUAACAACUGUAAUAAUUCUAUAUACCACAAACAAUGGCAUAUAACAAAACUGACAUUGAGAGAGAAUUUUAUGGCCUUAUCUAUAUUAUAAAGAAAAAAAGAUUAAUGAAAAUUAAUGAAUUGGGAAGAACUCAACUGAAAAGUUAAAAAAAGAGAAGCAGAAUAAAUCCAAAGAAAAUAUAAGCAAAGACAUCACAGAGAUAAAAAUGGAAAUUGUUGAAACAGGAGACAAAUAUAAUAAACAAUCAAAAAACCAUAGGUUAGUUGUUUGAAAAAGCUUAACAAAUAUAUGACAAGAUUAAUCAGGAGAAAACAAAUAAACACCUAUAUGUUUUGGAUGAAAAGGGCAUAAACUACAGAUGUGGUAGAAAGUUAAAAAAUAAGAGAAUGGUAUGAAUAACUUUAUGACAAUAAAAUUUCAAAUUCAGGCCAAAUGGUCAAUUGCCAAAAAAAAAAAAAGUCAGCUAACCAAAACUGACAGAGAAAGAAAUAGAAAACUUGAGUAGUCCUAAAUGCAUUAAAGAAAUUUAAAAAUAUUCCCAUAAGGAAAAUAGCAAGGUUUAUAAAUGUGGUAGCUUUGCAUUGUGUCAACUUGGUAAAUAAACUGAUUCCCAAAAUUUCACCCCUGUAUGAUUUACAAUACACUUUGUUAUUGUUUUUUUAUAGUG